AUGCACCCCGGCGCCCCUGCAGCCCCUGGCGUCUCCGAGCCUGGCCCCAGGGAGCUGUGUGCCUUUGUGAGCGGGGCGGCGGCCCACGUGCUGCGCACCCUGCACCCCCGGCGGAACAAGGCCCCCAGAAGGAGGCCCAACCACAGGAGGUUCCUGCACAACCAGAUCUGCAGGCAGUUUGCCAAGAUCGAAGCUGCUACCCAGCACCUGGCCAUGUCCAUCCUGUCCCAGGAGGCACCUCCCCAGAGACUGCCACCCCAAAGGCCACCUCCACCACCUCCAUCACCCUUCCUGGGGGUGGCCUGUGCUGUGGCCCCCACUGAGGCACCCCAAGCCGGCCCCAGCCUGAGCCUCACUGCCCUGGACGCCUCCACCCUCGACCUCUUUGAGGAGAUUGCGCUCCCCCCAGAGUGUGCCUCAGUGCCAUCUGACCCGCCCUGUUGUGUGCUGGGCCAGCCGGACCUGUGGCCGGAUCCACAUUUCUACAACCCCCUGCUCCCUACCCCGCAUGCCCUGGGGGGAGGGGACGAACGCUCAGCUACUGAGGGGGGUUGGGAAAGAGAGACUGGCCCACACGGCCCCUCCCCCGAGGAAAAGAAGUAG